CCAAAAAAAAUAGUUAAACAAAAUGUCAUGGCUGGCUCGUUCUCUCGCCAACUCCCUUCGACUCGACGACGAUAAAGACGACGACGAUGAAGACAACGACGUCGUACCCUCCCACCCUCGCGACCCAGACGCAUCACCAUCUUUCCCCACCGAACGAGCCAGCCACAACAACAACCAUAACCACCACAGCCAACAACAAUUCGAAUCCGAAGACAAUGAUUGGCAAUCAGAAGAGGCCCAUUCUCGGGGCGUCAAAGACGACCUCUCCGAACUCAAACAAACUCUGACGCGCCAGCUCUGGGGCGUGGCCUCCUUCCUCGCGCCCCCUGCUUCCUCGGAACCCUCCACGCCCUCGCAUUUCCCGCAAACCGACACGUCCGAUCAGUCCGUGUCCUCCGGCGCAGAAGAGGAGCCGUCGGAUCGCACUGUCUCCUGGAUCGGGAGCGACAUCGUGGAGAUCUCGAAGAUGCCGUCGAAUGAGGAGCUAUUGGAGGCGCGUGGUCUGGGAGGAGCCGUGGGGAUCACCGACGAGGUGUUGGCUUUCGCGGGGAACAUCGGGAUGCAUCCCGAGACGUGGUUGGAUUUUCCGCUUGAUGAGGAGGAGGACUUGGGUGAUUUUGACAUGUCUGAUGCCCAAGAAGAGCAUGCUUUGGCUAUCCAACAUCUUGCUCCCAGAUUAGCUGCCCUGAGAAUUGAACUUUGUCCUUGCCAUAUGACUGAAAGUUACUUUUGGAAAGUCUACUUUGUGCUUCUGCACUCUAGACUCAACAAACAUGAUGCGGAUUACUUGUCUACACCCCAGGUAGUGGCUGCCAGAGCCAUGUGGAUGCAGGAGCUACAAAAGAAAACAAAGGCAGAGACUGACUGGUUUGCAAGAAUCCAAUCCUAUUCGAAAGACAGUGCUAAUAUGCUGGAGGAAGAUUUUGAUCUUACGCCACGGGGCACAUUUUCAUUUGAACCUAGUAGCUCCUCCGUGGCUACGGAUUUUGAGAGUGAGCAGCGCCCGGUUGAAAGUAACGAGCUGCAAUUUAUUGAUAAGUCUGUUAUUGAAGAGAGGCCAGUAAUUAAGACUGAGAAUAAGGAUUCUAAACUAGUGGUUGAGAAUUUUGAAGACGAGGAGGAUGACUGGCCUGAGGAAGAUUCUGAACUAGGUAGGUAUAGUGGAGUUGCCAUGUAUGUGGGGGAUGGAGAAGACAUAUCUUUCAGUGAUCUGGAGGAUGAUGAGGAUUGCAGUGUACCCAUAAAGUCCAAGAUAGUAGUUUCAAAGGGGUAGGAAUUUUCGAGGAAAGUCCAUGAUUGCAUAAGCUUUGGGUAUUGGACAAAACAUGGAACUGGAGAGGCUUCCUCCCUCCUAUAUGAUGAAAACUCGGUCUAUGGACUUGAAGAAAAUUCCUCACGUGGGCCAGGACCGUCACCGGAUGAAGCGUUCGUUAUUGGUGAUGGUGUCAUAUGAGCUUUUUGUACAUAGGUGAAUCAUAAUCUGUUUGAUUGGUUUGUGUGAGAAUUAUAGGCAGAAAGCCGUUGUCAUUGAUGAACCAUUUUGCUGAAGACAAAACGUGAGUGGACUCCAGUUAGUUAAGUGUGGAAGCAAUGAAUUGUUCCACGUCUGUUACGAUGUACAAAAAGCCUGGUCUUGAAUAGUGAGGCUGUGAUUUUUGCUUUUCUGUAUUUUUUUUUUAUUGACUAUAUUUGAAGCGUUCAAAUACAACCAAAAAGGUGUUGGUUUGGUGCUUGUUUGUAACCAUCGAAAACGACGAAAAGUGAAUCUUUUCGGUAAAAUAUAGAAAAGACGUUUGAU